CCGUUAGUGAGUUGGCCGCGUUGCACGGAACGGUCGUCAUACGCUGACCUCGACGGUUGGCGAUUUCAGUAUAUGCUCGGGUUAGGUCAUCUGGUUUUGGGGAAUCCGUCGGAUUGGCACGUACGGUUACCUUCCCCGAACUAUCCAUCAGUGUUGUCUUGCAGUGGACUGCGAGAGCGCUAAUAUCACAGACCACACAUAUAAAAUGAAGAUAAGCCUCAAAAAACAACUUGAAUGUUUAUAAAUAAAGUGCUCUCAACUGGUUUCUCUUAAGUGAGAACCACAAAUGUUAAAGUUUUUACUUAACGUAAUCUAAAACAUUUCAAAUACUGUAACAAGCUACCGUCCCGGUAUCGUUUACUUCUAAAACGCAAGAUUAAUAAAAUUUUCCAAUAUAUUGGGAAACAAUUGGUUUGGAGUUUCAACUCAGAAAACAGCCUGAUUUGGCCAGAAGCAGCUGAGUUGGUGACACAAUGGAGUGGACUUGGUUCAAGGACUGGUGGCGUCUCAAGAAGCUCCGAUCUCGUCACCAGCGACAUAAGAAAAAACUCGAAGCAGCCGCCGCGGCCGCUGGAGCUGCGGUGACUGCUGCAGCGGUUUUACCCGGAUCUGAGUGUGAGGAAAGCGGUUUUAAGGAUCCGCAGACCAAUCGUCGCCACAGCUUGGACGCAGUGCCUUCCAAUGAAACCAUAGCCAGAAGACGCCGUGGUGGUCGCGAUCGCCUGCGCCGGAAUCGCUUGCUGCAGCGCCAGCGACGGAGUCAAAGUGCCGGAGUCCGCAGUCAACCUGGUGCAGGAAAUGCACGUUAUAGGAGACAGGACGACGACGAUGGGGAGUACGGACCCUUUAACGUCAGCGAUUACGAGGAUUACGGACCGAGUCUUGGCAGCGACGAGGAGAGUGAUGAUUUCUGCUACUGUGAUGUCUGUAUGAAUGGCGACACGGACUUUGGAGACAGCAAUGACGGAAUGGACUCUGACACGAGCACCUCUUCCAGCAAUAGCAAGCAGGUGGUCGUCGGCAUUUGCGCGAUGGCAAAGAAGACACAGUCAAAGCCAAUGAAGGAGAUCCUGACACGGCUUGGGGAGUUCGAGUUCAUCAAACUGGUGACGUUCGAGGAGAACGUGAUCCUGCGAGAACCUGUCCAAAAUUGGCCCACCUGCGACUGCCUGGUGUCGUUUCACUCGAAGGGGUUUCCCCUAGAGAAAGCCAUCGAGUAUGCCCAGCUAAGGAAUCCCUUUGUGCUGAAUAACCUGCACAUGCAGUACGACAUUCAGGACAGGAGGAGGGUGUACGCCAUUCUCGAGAAGGAGGGCAUUGAGAUUCCGCGCUAUGCCGUCCUCGAUCGCGAUUCGCCGGAUCCCAAACACCAUGAGCUCAUUGAAUCCGAGGACCAUGUGGAGGUAAAUGGCAUUACCUUUAACAAGCCGUUCGUUGAGAAGCCUGUGUCGGCGGAGGACCACAACAUAUACAUAUACUACCCGACGUCGGCGGGCGGUGGAAGUCAGCGACUUUUCCGAAAGAUCGGCAGUCGGAGCAGCGUAUAUUCUCCGGAGUCAAGGGUGCGAAAGACAGGAUCUUUUAUCUACGAGGACUUUAUGCCCACCGAUGUAUACUUUUCAGGCACGGAUGUCAAGGUGUACACCGUGGGACCGGACUACGCCCAUGCCGAAGCCCGUAAAAGUCCCGCUCUGGAUGGCAAAGUAGAGCGCGACAGCGAGGGGAAAGAGAUCCGCUAUCCAGUGAUCCUCAAUCAUUCCGAGAAGCUCAUCUCACGCAAGGUGUGCCUGGCCUUUAAGCAAACCGUCUGUGGAUUCGAUUUGUUGCGAGCCAACGGGAAGAGCUAUGUCUGCGAUGUUAACGGGUUUAGCUUCGUUAAGAACUCGAACAAGUACUAUGAUGACUGCGCCAAGAUACUGGGUAACAUGAUUCUCAGGGAGCUAACACCUACCCUGCACAUCCCGUGGUCAGUGCCCUUUCAAUUAGACGAUCCCCCCAUUGUGCCCACCACUUUCGGCAAAAUGAUGGAGCUGCGCUGCGUGGUGGCCGUAAUUAGACAUGGCGAUCGCACGCCCAAACAAAAAAUGAAGGUUGAGGUGCGGCAUCCCAAAUUUUUCGAGAUCUUCGAGAAGUACGACGGCUACAAGCUGGGCCACGUUAAGCUUAAGCGCCCGAAGCAGCUUCAAGAGAUCCUGGACAUUGCCCGCUUCCUGCUCAGUGAGAUUCACACCAAAGCGCAUGCUGAGAUCGAGGAAAAGGAGAGCAAGCUGGAGCAGCUGAAGAACGUUCUGGAGAUGUACGGUCACUUUUCAGGCAUAAACCGGAAGGUUCAAAUGAAAUACCAACCAAAGGGUCGUCCACGUGGCUCCAGCUCCGAUGAUACCAAUCUAGCAGCGGAUCAGCCGGUGGAGCCCUCUCUGGUUCUCAUCCUUAAGUGGGGCGGCGAACUGACGCCAGCAGGCCGCAUCCAGGCGGAGGAGUUGGGCCGUAUUUUUCGAUGCAUGUAUCCAGGUGGCCAGGGAAGAUCGGAUUACUCGGGCACCCAAGGUCUAGGUUUGCUCAGAUUGCACUCCACAUUCCGGCAUGACCUAAAGAUCUACGCUUCAGAUGAGGGUCGUGUCCAGAUGACGGCUGCCGCUUUUGCCAAGGGUUUGCUGGCCUUGGAAGGAGAACUUACACCUAUUCUUGUCCAGAUGGUAAAAAGCGCCAAUACAAAUGGACUGCUGGACAAUGAUUGCGACUCCAGCAAGUAUCAAAACUUGGCUAAAGGUCGCCUUCACGAGCUUAUGCAAAACGACCGAGAGUUUUCUAAGGAGGAUCGCGAGCUGAUUAAUCCUUGCAAUAGCAAAUCGAUUACCCAGGCGCUGGAUUUUGUGAAAAAUCCUGUGGACUGCUGUCACCACGUACACCUGCUUAUCCGUGAGCUUCUUCACAUUAUUAGCAUCAAAAAGGAUGAUCCGAAAACCAAGGACGCCAUCUUAUAUCACGGCGAGACGUGGGACCUGAUGCGCUGUCGCUGGGAAAAAAUUGAGAAGGAUUUUAGCACCAAAUCCAAGUUGUUUGACAUCUCGAAGAUUCCAGAUAUAUAUGAUUGCAUCAAGUACGAUCUGCAGCAUAAUCAGCACACGUUGCAAUAUGAUCAGGCGGAGGAGUUGUAUAUCUACGCGAAGAACCUGGCUGAUAUAGUCAUACCACAGGAGUAUGGCCUGACGCCGCAGGAGAAACUGGCAAUAGGUCAAGGUAUCUGUUCACCAUUACUAAGAAAGAUCAAGGGUGAUCUGCAGCGAAACAUCGACGAAGUGGAAGACGAGUUUAUGAACCGUUUGAAUCCACAUUACAGCCAUGGUGUUGCAAGUCCCCAGAGGCAUGUCCGCACAAGGCUCUACUUUACUAGCGAAUCGCAUGUCCACUCUCUGCUCACAGUUUUGCGUUAUGGGGGAUUGCUUAAUGUGGUCACAGAUGAGCAGUGGCGUCGGGCUAUGGACUAUAUUUCGAUGGUAUCGGAGCUCAACUAUAUGUCUCAGAUUGUCAUUAUGCUCUACGAGGACCCUACCAAAGAUCCAACUUCUGAGGAACGUUUCCAUGUCGAACUGCACUUUAGUCCGGGUGUAAAUUGCUGUGUGCAAAAGAAUUUACCACCAGGUCCGGGCUUUCGGCCGCACUCGCACGGCGACAAUGCCUGCAAUGUAAGUUUGCAAUCCUCGGACGAGUCAAAUCCUGCCAGGAUUGAGGAGGAGAACGACUCGAACUCAGGAGAGGAGCGGGAGGGCAAAAAGCGAGGGACUUCCGACCAAAGGAGUUCGGAUCGCAGUGCGGAACGCACCCCCCCUGCCUUCGGAUUCAACCGAUUGGAGCUUAGGUCCAAGCAGUUCAAAUCGAAACCCAUCCCCAUCGGAGCCCAUCACACGGUCAGUGGCCAUGAAGCCAUGGAUCUAGCUAAGCGGUUGAACGAGGAGCUGGCCUCGCAGCAGCAGCAGCAAAACCAGCAGCUUCGACCAAUCAGUCCGGAUAUCAGGGCAGUGAGUCCUGACUGCGAGCCACGCUCCCGGAGUUUUGAGCAGCGUCCCACGUCUGGCGUCUGUGCCAAAGAACCGGUAGUUGUUUUCCCUGAUGUCGAAGAAAUUUCCCAGGAUCCUAAUCUUAAUUAUGAGGAUAGUUCUCGGACUCGUACUUCUGAAUUCGGGGAGAUUCCUCAUGCUCGAGUGGGCGCUGCCAGUAACUCGGAUGGGGGAGCUCAUCCGAAAGCGCAUCUUCGCACGGCCUUUCAGAUUCGUGUUACGAAUAGUCUGUCCUUCUUUAAAAUUGACUCUUCGACAAACGAGCUGCCUUUGUCGGACAUAGAUUUUUCGCUGCAUCCAGCUACUCCCCAAUGCGGUCCCUCGUCGCACAAACGCCUUCACGUGUUGACCAUGCGGCGGAUGGAGAGUUGCGACGAUGGGGAAGAUCUCGAGCAGCUCCGACAUCUGCCACAGAUCUCGCCAAUGGCUACCAAUGAGCGACCCUUAAGUUCCUGCAAUUGCAGUAGCUCAGCGGCCCAGACGCACUCGCACUCAAAAAGUCUAAUGGACUUGGCACAAGUGGUGGUGGUGUCUUCCCCGCAAGAAACUGCCCAGAAUCAGGAGCAAGGUUGUGACCCGUCAACGGCGGCGGAUAUGAGUGUCAGUAGUUUUGAUGAUGACUUUCAGUUGUCCAGCUCAGCACCGGCUAUCCUGAUGAGCGCAGACUUCGGUCAAAGGCCCGUGGUGGCGUCUCUUUCGCCAAUGGUGCAUGCCACCACUUCGCCCACUGCCUCUACUUUACGGCUCUGCCAAGACAUGGACAAGGCUUCGGCUUCUGUUUCGUCCUCUGCUCAACGCAAGGCCACUAGUAGCUCCUGUGGUCAGCUGUCCAUGGCAGCUUCUGCUCCUGUUGUGACGGAAAAUCCAUUUCGCUUCACUGUUUCAUCCGUGGGUUCUGCAGCUUCCAAUAGCGCCUGUUUUGUAAGCAGCUUCGAGCCCAUAGAAGAGCAGGUCACGUCUAUAAUGGAGAUAGAUCCAAAAGCCCUGCAGCCAGCUCCUCAAGUAGUAUAUAAUCUGCCCACUGUGCUUAUUACGGGAACAGCAAGUAGUACAGAAUUGACCAGCACCAGAAAUUGCAAUAUAACGUCUGUAACGAACGCAGACUCUGCAAUGCUUACACCGAUAGAAACCGAAAUAAAUUCAGAAAUAGGUAUAUCAAACGAGAUAGGAAUAGAGACAAAAGGGAUUACAACCACACAUACUCCCUGCAGUAAUGCAACAGUAACCCGAACUGAUACAAAAACAGCUAUAACAACAGAUCCAACAACGGUUACAGCAACAGAGACAGCAGAAGAUACACCAAUGGAUAUACAAACAAAUAUAAGUAUCGGAAAAUGUACACCAGGGCCUACACCAACAGUUACUACUACUACCGAUAUUACAAAAGGUAUACGAGACUUCGCACCCACAGCCACCCAAACAUCCCCAACAACAUUUACACCAUCCACCACCACAACAACAACUGGAGCAGCAGCAGCUUUGUUUGAUAAUACAGCAACAAUGUCUUCUAAUCGACCAUUUACUAACCAAUUCCAAUCGAUCGAUCCCACUUCAAACGACGCACCACACCAAAAUCAUGUACAUCAACAUCAACAUCAACAUCAACAUCAACAUCAACAUCAACAUCAACAUCAACAUCAACAUCAACACCAACAUCAACAUCAACAUCAUCAACACCAACACCAACACCAACACAAACAUCAACAUCAACACCAAAAUCAUCAAAACUCCACAACAUCCAUCGAUCAACAACAACGAAAUUCACGCACCGUCAAUAACACACUGAACGAAAACCACACCACCGCCACAAUUACAAACAACACUACCACGACCCCUUCUUGUUGUACCAAUACCAUCGCCACAGAUAGCCAAGUCUCGGUGUCGGUCUCGGCAUCGGUGUCAUCGGCCAACUCGUCCACCUCGUCGCGUCGCCAAAGACACAGUAUUGCCGGCCAGAUGUCCUAUAUGAAAAUGUUGGGUUUCGGUGGUUUUAGCAAAAAGAUGGCCACCAGCGCAAAUAGCCUUUUCAGCACUGCCGUCAUCAGCGGCAGCUCGUCCGCUCCUAAUCUUCGCGACAUGAUACCGGUCUCCUCAUCCGGAUUUGGCGAUGUACCACCAAUCCGCCCGCUUGAGACACUGCACAACGCCCUUUCGCUGCGCAAGCUGGACUGCUUCUUGCAGGACAUGAUCCUGGCGCAGAUCUUUAAGACGCCGACUGGGUCUCCGCCCCGGGGUUUCUCUAAGAACACUUUGCCAGCGGUCUCCUCGAUGACUCUAACCUCCCCAAAUCAGGCGGAGGCGAUCGGCCACGAGCCGCAAAUUGGUAGACAACCGCCGAUAUCAACGACCGUAACGACCACCUUUGACCGGCGUGGCAGCGAGUCCGGAUCCACAGCGAAUGCCCAUCUGCGACUUCUCUCGGAGAGCCAGUGCCCCAAUCUGGACGAUAGCAACGCCGAAGUGCGGGAACCGCUGGCGGGAAAGAUGGAGCUUUGGCAGCGAGACAGUCUGAAGCCAGCCGAGGAGAAGGAAGUAACACUACCCGAAUUGGAAACAAAGCCAAGCUUGGACCUUACCAUGGAAAUUAUGGAGCAUGGUGCCGCGGGUCCCGCCUCCUUUCAGCCGAUGAAUCGGGACAGCCUGGAGUCCGGCGAGGGAACGAUGGGCGACGGAGUCUUUCUGAGUGUUUGCGAGAAACAGGGCAGCGGGAGCACCUGCAUCACACCGGUUAGUUUUGGCAUGGAUCUGGACCUGAGCAUGGUGGCUAACAAGGGCUCCAUUACGCUGUCCGUGGAAGGGUUCGAAGAUGAUGAAGAUGCCACUUUGUCGGCGGCCACAACACCUUCGCUUCCCGCCGACUGUGAGCCACGACUCGAGAGUUGCUACUGUUGCCCCAGCCAUGCAGAGGGUCCCCCGGAGGUCUCCAGCGACGAUCCACGAUUUGGCUUUGCGCUGUCCGUUCGAGUCACCCAAGUUUCGCCGGAGCAUGCGCGACCAGUGCGUCGUGCCCAUGAUCCUGUCUCUCCAAGGAUACAGAAACAGAUUUGCUUGUUCGAGGGAAACGCGGCUCCAGCAACGUGUCAGGAGAAGACCGAGUCAAGCGGGUCGGUUGGGGGCGGAGCAAUUCUGCACGCGUCCAUCAACUUGCCGGCGGCGGGACCGCUUCAUCUGCGCCAGGAUGCUCGGCUGCGCAAGUUCGAGAAUCUCACUCAGUCCACAUCGAACUCGAACUUUCCCUUCGAAAGCAACACCCUAAAGCGGGUGCCCAUGCAGACCACCAAUGACUACGACAACGUGAGCCACACCCAGAGCUGCAUAAACCUCAAAAGUGGUAGCAGUGGAGUCCUCGGGGGAUCGCCGCAGCGUCAGAGAGGAUCCGAUGGAGGAGGCGCAGGUGCAAGUGGAGUCCCGGCAGAGCGGGAGCCACCGCGUGUCCAUUACGGACGGAUGAUGAACACAUGCUGCUCCGCCUCGGCCUCGCCGUCCCCCUCGCCGUCUCCUUCGCCGGGAGCGCUGAUUGUCAAGGAGCGGUUCAUCGAACCGCCCAAGCGGGGCGUCGUGCGCGGAUACCAUUGCAAAACGCAAUCCAUGGACGCCGACUUCCUGUUCAACGAGUUUCUGCUGCUGCCGGCCUUGGCGCCCGCCAAGCUAUCCUUUGAUAGUUCCGAUAUCGAUCAGGCCAGCGAUGACGACGCUCCGAGCAACUCGAAGCAAAGGCACGCCUAAAUUUCAAUCGAACUUCAGAUCCUAAAAGCACUCGCUUCUUUGAGCCGCGCUUAUGUAAAACUCGAGUUAUCGCAUAGAUUAACUCGCUUACGGACUCUUUACUCUUAAUCAAACUGUUUGUUGUUGUUGGGCCAAGAAAAUAAUAAUAAAAGGCUUAUCUCUAUUUUUGUCCAUA